AUGUCCCUGUACCCAUCACUAGAGGAUAUGAAGGUGGAUCAGAUGGCCAAGGCACAGGUGUACCAGGAAGGUCAACAGGCCGCUGCCAUCCAGGCCCCCCCACAGUACCCUACCCAGCCUCAGGCCUACCCUACACAGGCACCAGCCUACCCUACACAGGCACCAGCCUACCCUACACAGCCACAGGCAGCGGGGGCCAUGCCAGUCGCUCAAUUCAGCCUGUACCCCUCCCUGGAUGACUACAUGGGGCUGAGUCUGACCCCAGAAGAGGUGAGAGCCAACAUGCCACAGGUCCUGGAGCCUCCACCUUCGCAGGCUGUUGUUGCUCGCCCCGCGGGUACCGUGGUGACAGCGCCCAUCACUGGGAACAGCGUGCAGGGAGUCGUGGGACUCCAGCGUGCCGAGAUCAAGCAGGGGGUGAGACAGCUGAUGUGCUGUAAGGACGGCAACGGCAAGAUCGGACUCAGAGUCAGGCAUGUCAACAAGGGUGUGUUUGUGGCUUUCGUGCACAAGGACUCCCCAGCAGCGCUGGCAGGCCUCCGCUUUGGUGAUCAGAUCCUGCAGAUUAACGAGGAGGUGGUCGCUGGCUGGGACAUGGAGAAGACAAUGAAGUACCUGAAGAAGUGCCCACCUGACAGGAUCAUCUUCGCUGUCAGGGACAGGCCGUUUGAGAGGACAAUCACCAUGCAGAAGGACAGCUCCAACCACAUUGGCUUCGUGUUCAAGAACGGCAAGAUCACAGCCAUUGCUAAGGACACGUCUGCCGCUCGGAACGGUGUUCUGAUCGAGCACCAGCUGAUCGAGGUCAACGGACAGAACGUUGUUGGACUGAAGGACAAGGAGAUUGCUGAGAUCAUAGCAGCAGGGGGACCGACUGUGACCAUCACCAUCAUGCCCACCUAUGUGUACAACCACAUUGUCAAGAACAUGGCAGACAGCCUGGUGAAGAAGAUGAUGGACCACUCCAUUCCAGACCUGUAAACUGCUCCUCACAGGACUCCAACAUCAGGGGAAGAUCCACGCAGGGUUCCCAACAACUACUGCUUGUUUAAAUUUGUACAUUUCUCAAGUAAAGGAAGAACACUAUUAUCUAGUAAGCAUCAAUGGAAGCUGAUAUAAGGGCUGUACUCCUGUAUAGUUAAAAACUGUGGCUUAUAUAUAGACUAGUGGCAUGUAUGUGAUUUCACCAUGUGCAGGCCUGGUAUAUUCCUAUAUUCAUUUUCAACUGGAUAAAGUAAGAGGUACAUGCUGCGAAAUGAAGAAAAAUGAACACCUCAAUAUGAUGAAUCUUUUGUGUGUUAAGUCUGUCUCAAAACUAUCUUAGAGCUGUACUUGCUAACAGUAUUCUUACUAUUGUAGGUUUUCAUCCACAAUAUUUUGACACAGGUUACAAAAAUACAGUAGGAUACAAGGCAAAACUGUCAUUCAGAAUGGUAAGAUAGAAGUUACUUUAAUUGUUACAGUAGAUUUUGUUGUGUUUUGCUCAGAAAGGGUGAAUGUUUUAAAUUCUAUGUGUGCAUGUUUCAUGCAAUGGCAAGGCCUCCAAAUGACAUGUCUAGGGUUUGAUAGAUCGUGGAGUGGUCAGAAUUUUCCUAGUAACUUUCUGAAAAGAUGAAAGAAGCUGGGUAUGGACAUAAUUCAUUCCAUGAUUGUAGUUAAUAUGUCCUAUAUAGAGUAACAUUGGAACAAAGGUCUUGAUAUGAUGCAAGAAGCAACAAGUUUGGAGGCUGAUAACCUAUAAACUGUCUACUAGGAAAGAGUUUUAAAAAGGUAUGCCUUAUUGUUGGCUUACAGCUGUCCUUAAAUAUGUUUCUAAUCAACUAACUUAAGGGAUUUUAGUGAAUUAUUGUUAAUUGUGUGUGAGAAUUUUGAUAUGAUUUUAUACAGGAUUUUGUUGACCUCUAAGUAGGUUGACUUGAUGAAAAAAACACAUUAUUGACCAAAGUUUGUACAGAAUUAAAGCUUUAAGGAAAAGUC